AUGCCGGCGCUAAACCAUCGAUGCUUUAGCGCGCGGAACCCGUUGGCGAAGGCCCUUGCGCUUACAGCUUGCAUCUUCAUCAUGUGUGCGCUACUCCUGCGUUCCGAUACAAUCGAUGUCCGGAAAGCCAUCGCGAAGUCGGCGGCCUCGGCCAAAGAAGCAAUAUCUUCCCAGCGGCCGUUGGGGAAUUACUACGACGGGGGAUUGGGGGCCGACUGGAGCGCACCGGUCGAGCAGGACAGCAGUCAACCGGCCCUUUCUCCCCCUUCGACAACUUCCAAUUCAUCGCACGACAUGACUUGCGACUACGACAUGGGACGGCUCAGAAAGUGGCAGGAGAAGUACAAGAUGCAAGAGGUGUUCGAAUACACGAAGAGAUAUGUGCAGGUGGAGCGUAAAGACAUUCCCAGGAAGUCCAUAACGAGGCUAGAGCAAAAGUUCUUGCCCGAGCAGGCCAAGGUGGUGGACAUCAACAAGCAAUACCAGGCUGAGACAUGUCCGGAGCCGUUGGUAGCGCCCGUCCCGCGGUCCCCCUUCCCGGCUACGGCCAAGGCAUCCGACUUCAUGUUCGGCGUGUCCACCACCUACAAGCGAUUCACGGACCCAAAAACAAGUCCGGUCAACGAGUGGACGUACUGGCUGACAGAUGGCAAUGGCACCUCGAACGGGGGGAAGCUGAUCUUGAUGCUGCUUGACGCAUCUGACGCCGACUUGGAAGAUGCCGACGCCCAGCUGCGCAAGGAGGGCAUCGACGUGGAUGUGUACAAGUCGGAUGCAACCUUGGAGAUGGCGGUGCGCUACCUGACACUGGUGCCCACGUUGUAUAAUCACCCCGAGCGAAAGAACAAGAAAUGGCUCGUCACCUGCGACGACGACACCUUCUUCCCCUCUUUCCAUGCGCUGGCCGAGAGAUUCGAGCAGUACAACCACGAGGCGCCCAUGUAUAUCGGCACGCUUUCCGAAGAUAUCAACAACGUCGCCCGUCACGGAACCCAGGCCUUCGGCGGCGCCGGGGUAUUUCUCAGCGUUCCCAUGGCCAAGGUGGUGGCGGAAAAGUACGACUCGUGCCGCACGCAGGAAAAGAUCCGCCAGUCCAACUCGGGCUGGGGACCGCAGGGAGACAUCCUGCUGCGCAAGUGCAUCUACGAGAACUCGAACACGAAGCUCACGACGCUGUGGGACCUGUGGCAGAUCGAUCUGUACGGUGACCCGUCAGGCUUUUACGAGUCGGGCAUCAAGCCGCUCUCGCUGCACCACUACCGCGGCGGCGGCUGGCACAUCGCACACCCCUGGCACUACACCAAGGUCGCACACGUGUGCGGCGAGGACUGCACUCUGCAGAGGUUCCAGACGGCCGACAACUUCAUCAUCUCCAACAGCUUCAGCGUGGCCUACUACCCGCGGGGCAUCGACUUUGAUCUCAACCAGUUCGAGCGCACGUUUAGCCCUGCGCCACAGGAUAAGGGCUGGAAUCUAGAUUAUAUGCUCGGCCCCCAGCGGGAUUCCCUGCAUCGGACGGGCCGCAAGAUCUCGUGGGACCUGCAGGAAGCGACGCUCAACGACGACGGCACCGUCAGCCAGAUCUACGUGCGGAAGCACGACGACUGGCGCUGGAAGAUGCCCGACGGCUCCGCCAUGAGCACCCUAGACGGUCUUGUUGAGCUCAUUUGGUUACCAGAAGGGAAACCGGAGUGA